UACAAGAUUCUUCACAAGAUUCUCUGUAUAGUGAAAUUUGUGAUUCUAUACAAAAAGAAUUAAAAAUUGAUCCGUUAUCUGUAGAAUCGUUAUUUGAUAAUUUAUCAAAUAAAAAACGAAAAAAACCUCAUCCUUUACGUCAAUAUCUUGAACCAAGUGAUAGUGGUCUUUUUGUUUGUUGUAAACAGUGUUCAGUUCAAUGGCAAAAAUCAUCAGGAAUUAGUACAAUUAAAGCACAUUUUAAAAAAUUUCAUACAGACAUUUAUAAUCAAUUAGAGUUAGAUAUUAAAAAAACUAAACCCAUUCAACCUUAUGGAAUAGAUAACGAAUUAAAAGUUAAACGUAUUACUUAUCUUCUUAUAAAAUGGAUUAUCUGUAAUCAACAAUCUUUUAUAGUCGUCGAAGAUCCUAGUUUUGUUGAACUUAUUGAAGAACUUGAUGAACGAUAUCGAUUACCAUCUCGUCAAACUGUAUCUAUUCAAAUUGAAAAUAUUUAUCAAAAACAACAAUUAUUAGAUAUGAUGGAUAUUCUUGUUGCAUCAAAUAAUUCUUUAAAAACAAAUUAUCCAACCGAAUUAGAAUGGUCAGAAAUUGAUGAAAUCUAUCAUCUCCUUAACCCUAUUUACCAAGCGACUUUGAUGCUUUCAUCAUCAAGCCAUCCAACCUUAGGAGAUCUUUAUUUAAUAUUCACUACAAUUAAUAGGUCUCUUGAAGAAAUUAUUAAUAAUACAAUUAAAGAAACUACACCAAAACUCGUCGCUACAGCUAUGUUAAUUAAACUUGACGAGUAUUGGCAAAAAUUAGAUCAAUCAUCCUUUAUGAUUGCACCACUUGAUCCAAACAUUAAGCUUUCCUUAUACGACUCGGAAAAACAACAUAAAGCUCAACAAUAUAUAGAAAAUCUUUAUUCAAAAUAUAUUACCUCUAAUGCUAGUUCGUCAUCCCAAACAGAUACCUUAAAAUUAACUUCACGCGAUUAUUUUAAAAAAGCACUUAGGCGUCCAUUUAAUUCUCCUGGUGUAACAAGCGAAUUACGAAAUUAUCUUAUGUCCUCAGAAGUUGAUUGUGAAGUAUUAUCAUGGUGGAAAGCUCACGCAAAUAAUCAAAAUUACAAAAAUGUAGCAAAAAUGGCUCAAGACUACCUGUGCAUACAAGCUACUAGUGUACCAAGUGAACAGGUAUUCUCUGUUGCUAAACAUACCAUAAAUCCUUUACGUAACCGUUUAGAUCCAGAAAAAGCACGGGCAACUCUCUGCCUUAAAAGUUGGUAUGAAUCUGGU